AUUAUCGCAGAUUUAUGCAAAUAUUUUAGUAGUUCUAGUGAUAAAUCAAACACUUCAGGAAGUUUUAAAAACCAUAUUUACAUCCAUUAUGUCUACUAAAGAGCAAAUUAAAGAAUUUCGCUUGGCAAGAAAUUGCUCUUUUAAUCCACGUUGCGUCGUAUGCGGUUCUCAAUACUGGACAUCCUAUUACGGGAAUUUUGGAUGUAAAAAAUGUAUAAGAUUCUUUCUGAGAUGCGUAAUCCUGAGGAAAACUUAUAAAUGCAAAUACAGCUCAGGAAAUUGUAGAAAUGUUUACUUCUCUGCGAUAACUUGUAAAUUCUGUUACCUGGAACGUAUGUACAGUUACGGGUUCCGGCCUACAAGAUUUGGUAGGCACGACGACAGUUGGUACAUGAAGGAAAAAAUAUCUUCGUUGCAUCCAGUUCCGGUGAUCGAAUAUGCAAUGUUAAGCUUUUUAUCUGAUUUACGAAGACCUGUAAGAGCCCGAGAAGAUUACUUUAUGCUCGUAUCUUACAUUAACGAUCUAAUGUCAGAUUCAAUGGAUUGGUUAAACGACAAUGCUCCUCCUUUUGGCGUAUUACACAGAAACUUGGAGAAUGAUGAAUAUCGUUAUUAUUUAUACAAUGCACUUCGCAUGAAAAUUAUCAAAGAAGCAUUGCAUUUACAUGACGUUGUGAAAUUUGGAUUUGCCUAUCGCGAUCCUUAUAAACUAAGAUUUAAUUUCAUUCAGAGUUUCUCUCUCUACAUAUUAAAUAAGUCAAGAAAUUUACUCCAUUUUACUGGCGAUGAAGAAAUGAAUAUUAAAAUACAAAGGUUAUUUGUUUAUGAUGCCGAGGUCGCGUGGUGACGAAGAUGAAUCAAUAACGUGAAAACAAUGUACGAGAUUGGACAAAUGUUUUUUUUAACUGUUUUUAAAAUGUUUCAAAUUGAUGUUAUAAAUUUUUACUCGUUUUAAUAGAAUUUGUAGCAUUUUUAUUCAAGUUAUUUCACCCUUUAAAGUAACAGUGAAAAAAACUUAAAAGUUGUAUCUAUAGACACUACAAUGGCUACAGUGUUGUCUUUAUAUAUUGUACUAUUAAUACUUUGUUUUUAUAAUUGACAAAAUAAAUUUGUAAAACCUCAUUAUAUUAAAAUAUAACAAUCAUUUUCUUGUAGUGUGAAGAAAAAAAUAGUUGAAAUUUAGGCGGUUUUGUAUUCUGUACACAUGUUUUUAUUAUUUUCAAAUUUUAAUAUAUUUUUAUAAUUUACGAUAAUUUUUAAAAAUAAAUAAGAGAUUAGAACAUGGACACAGUUUACGCUUUCAAAUCGUUUUUUGUACGAAUCUCUCGUGAAAUAUCUAUCGAUGAUGUACUGUAUUUUAAAGGCCAUUUUAUACGUAUAAAGAAAUAAUUGUAGAAUAAUGUCGCACACAGCCAAUCAGAUUCAGUGUUUCAUGUAUGACACGUCAUUUAGGCCUGCCAAUCAUACAAUUUUAAAUAAUCAUUCUGGCAAACUGGAAAUUCCUCUUAACAUUAAAUUCUUGAGUUAAAUUUCCAUGUUUAUUUUGCAUUCAAUUAAGUAUUCGUUUGUUCAUAGAAUUUCCGAUCUAUGUAUUUUUGUCCAUUUAAUAAAA